AUGCCCGGGCUGCCUAUCGAGAUUAUGACUUAUAUCGCAAAUUCUUUAAAUCUACAUGACAUAUUCAACUUGAGCCUCGUUUGCAAGCAGUUCAGGUAUCUCGUGGACAAUAAUGACAUUUGCCGGGCCGCAUUAGAGACUCAUGCGCCAUACUCAGCUGAUUACCUAGCUACCUGCUCCUCUAAGCAAUAUGCUCGUUGCUUGCGACGACUGGUCAAACUGCGAGACGCUAUCGCCACUGCCAAGCCAUACACCACAGCUCUGAUUGCUCACGCAGUUGACUUCAUCUACUGCAACGGCAUGCUUUGUUAUACGGAAAAUUACGAGGUGCUCCGUCUCCUCAACUUGCAUGCCUCAUCGGACUCAGAGGACAUCAUCGAUACUCGAAUGCUGCUGCAAUCUGUCUCGGGGGUGGAUCUGGCCAACAACAAGUACAAGUUCCGCCCAAUACACUUCGCCCAUGGAGUAUUAUCUUGUCUUUACAGCCCACCUAAAACCGAAGGUCGGAGUCGCCUCCUGAUCAUCAACGUGGAGAAGAGGAUGCUUCUCACAGCCCAACGUCUCGAGUCAACCUCCAAGCUAUUUGUGCGUAACAACCAAGACUAUCUCUAUUACGGCACUCACUCGGUGACUGGGGAUGAUGGCUUCAAACGAUGGGUUCUACGACGAUUUGAUCUUCGGACCAAGCAGUGGAUACCUGGUCACUUGGAUCUCGAAGACCUAGCUGGUUCAGACAUCGGAGCUACCGUUUGUUUCGAAAUCAUUGAUGACUAUUUCUAUGGCUUGUCUAGCCUUAACAGUUUCGAAGUAUACGAGACGGAUUCGCUAUCGUAUUAUUACGGAUUUCGGUUACCUGUGGGCACUCGCGAAAGACUUAGUCACGGGAAACAUCAUGGUGUCUGA